GUACCGGCGGGUUUUGGAGAUGAAAGCAGCAUCGGGACGAUACUGAUGGAGUUCGUGGGAAGCAGAAAUCUGCAGCAGAUCAUUUACGGAUGUGCAGAGCCGCUGGGGGAGGACCGGUGGCUCAGGUACUCCACAGACAUUGUACACGGCCUGCGGUUCCUCCACUCCCACAGCGUUGUGCAUCUGGACAUAAAACCAGCCAACGUGCUGGUGUCCAGUGAGGACGUCUGCAAAAUUGCCGACUUUGGCUGUUCUUUGAAACUGGACCGCGGGUAUGAAAUGAGCCCCAUCAGCCCACAUCUCAGCCACGUAGGCGGCACGUACACGCACCGAGCCCCGGAGCUGCUGAAAGGCGAGGGGGUGUCUCCUAAAGCGGACAUCUUCUCUUUCGGGAUCACCCUGUGGCAGCUGAUCAGCAGAGAGCAGCCCUACACCGGCGACAGGCAGCACGUGCUCUACGCGGUCGUGGCGCACAACCUGCGGCCGUGCGUGCAGAACCUCCCGGUGUUCGAGUCCGAGCAAGGGCGUCUGUGUAGGACUCUGUUGAGCCGGUGCUGGAGCGGAGAGGGCCGCUGCAGACCCAGUGCCGAGGAGCUGCUGCCUCAGCUGGAGCAGCUGCGCUCCCAGACCUGACUCUGUAGGUGCACAGACGUACUUUCUCACAAUGGAUACGUUUUAGAACAUUUUACUAGGUCCUCUCCGGUAGUGUCAGCUUCAGAAGCAGUAGAUCUCAUGCUCACAUUCAUGCCGAAUCCCAUUUCAAAAAGCGCACCUUCUUGAAGAAGUGCCUUCUUGUGUAUUGGCGGAAAGAGGACGUGCCUCACCAAAUUAAAAUGGUUAGGCUACACUACUAUAUAGCCUAAUGAUGCACUUUUCAAUUCGGCGCAUGUUAACUCUCUGCAAAGCACGCCCUGUGAUU